CGUCCUUCUUCGGGCUACAGGAAGGCAGAGGAUGAGAUGUCCCGGGCCACGUCUGUUGGAGACCAGCUGGAGGCGCCGGCCCGCACCAUUUACCUCAACCAACCGCAUCUCAACAAAUUCCGUGACAACCAGAUCAGUACGGCCAAGUACAGUGUGUUGACAUUUCUACCUCGAUUCUUGUAUGAGCAGAUUAGAAGAGCUGCUAAUGCCUUCUUCCUCUUCAUUGCCUUAUUACAGCAAAUUCCAGAUGUAUCUCCAACAGGAAGAUAUACCACCCUGGUGCCAUUGAUCAUUAUUUUAACAAUUGCAGGCAUCAAAGAAAUUGUAGAAGAUUUUAAGCGGCAUAAGGCAGACAAUGCAGUGAACAAAAAGAAAACGAUAGUGUUAAGAAAUGGUAUGUGGCAUACCAUUAUGUGGAAAGAGGUGGCCGUGGGAGACAUUGUGAAGGUCAUCAAUGGGCAGUACCUCCCAGCAGACAUGGCCCUGCUUUCCUCCAGUGAACCUCAGGCAAUGUGUUAUGUUGAAACAGCUAAUCUAGAUGGGGAGACGAACCUUAAAAUACGUCAGGGUUUAAGUCACACUGCUGACAUGCAAACAAGGGAAGUAUUGAUGAAGUUAUCUGGAACUAUAGAAUGUGAGGGACCCAACCGCCACCUCUAUGACUUCACUGGAAACCUGCAUGUUGAUGGGAAAAGCCCUGUUCCCCUUGGGCCUGACCAGAUCUUAUUAAGAGGUACACAGCUUAGAAAUACUCAGUGGGUCUUUGGCAUAGUUGUUUAUACUGGACACGACACCAAACUCAUGCAGAAUUCCACAAAGGCACCUCUCAAAAGAUCGAAUGUUGAGAAAGUGACUAAUGUGCAGAUCCUGGUGUUGUUUGGCAUCCUCUUGGUCAUGGCCUUGGUGAGCUCAGUGGGGGCCCUGUACUGGAAUGGAUCUCAAGGUGGAAAGAACUGGUACAUCAAGAAGAUGGACACAACCUCGGAUAAUUUCGGAUAUAACUUGUUGACAUUCAUCAUCCUAUACAACAAUCUUAUUCCCAUUAGUCUGUUGGUGACUCUUGAGGUUGUGAAAUACACUCAAGCUCUUUUUAUAAACUGGGACACAGACAUGUAUUAUCUAGGAAAUGACACUCCCGCAAUGGCCAGGACCUCAAACCUUAAUGAAGAGCUUGGGCAGGUAAAAUACCUAUUUUCUGAUAAAACUGGAACGCUUACAUGCAAUAUCAUGAACUUCAAGAAGUGUAGCAUUGCUGGGGUAACCUAUGGUCAUUUUCCAGAAUUGACAAGAGAACCAUCCUCAGAUGAUUUUUGCCGGAUGCCUCCUCCCCCCAGUGACUCCUGUGACUUUGAUGAUCCCAGGCUCUUGAAGAACAUCGAAGAUCAUCACCCCACGGCUCCAUGCAUACAGGAGUUCCUCACCCUUCUGGCUGUGUGCCACACGGUCGUCCCUGAGAAGGAUGGAGAUAACAUCAUCUACCAGGCCUCCUCCCCAGAUGAAGCUGCUUUGGUGAAGGGAGCUAGGAAGCUGGGCUUUGUCUUCACAGCCAGAACACCAUACUCCGUCAUCAUAGAAGCCAUGGGACAGGAACAGACAUUUGGAAUCCUUAACGUCCUGGAAUUUUCUAGUGACAGAAAAAGAAUGUCUGUAAUUGUUCGAACUCCUUCAGGCCAACUUCGACUCUAUUGUAAGGGGGCUGAUAAUGUCAUUUUUGACAGACUUUCAAAAGACUCAAAAUACAUGGAGGAAACACUGUGCCACCUGGAAUAUUUUGCCACAGAAGGCUUGAGGACCCUCUGUGUAGCUUACACUGACCUCUCCGAGCAUGAGUAUGAAGAGUGGCUGAAAGUCUAUCAAGAAGCCAGCACCAUAUUGAAAGACAGAGCUCAACGGUUGGAAGAGUGCUAUGAGAUCAUAGAGAGGAAUUUACUGUUACUUGGAGCCACAGCCAUAGAAGAUCGCCUUCAGGCAGGUGUUCCAGAAACCAUAGCAACGCUGUUGAAGGCAGAAAUUAAAAUCUGGGUGUUGACAGGAGAUAAACAGGAAACUGCAAUUAAUAUAGGAUAUUCCUGCCGGUUGGUAUCACAGAAUAUGGCCCUUAUCCUGUUGAAGGAAGAUUCUUUGGAUGCGACAAGGGCAGCCAUUACCCAGCACUGCACUGACCUCGGGAAUCUGUUGGGCAAGGAGAACGAUGUGGCCCUCAUCAUCGAUGGCCACACCCUGAAGUAUGCUCUCUCCUUUGAAGUCAGGAGAAGCUUCCUGGAUUUGGCGCUUUCAUGUAAAGCUGUCAUAUGCUGCAGGGUGUCUCCUCUGCAGAAAUCAGAGAUAGUGGACGUGGUUAAGAAGCGGGUAAAGGCCAUCACCCUUGCCAUUGGAGACGGUGCCAACGAUGUUGGGAUGAUCCAGACAGCUCACGUGGGUGUAGGAAUCAGUGGAAAUGAAGGCAUGCAGGCGACCAAUAACUCGGAUUAUGCCAUUGCACAGUUUUCCUACUUGGAGAAGCUCCUGUUGGUCCACGGUGCUUGGAGCUAUAAUCGGGUGACCAAGUGCAUACUGUACUGUUUCUACAAGAACGUGGUCCUCUACAUUAUAGAGCUUUGGUUCGCCUUUGUUAAUGGAUUUUCUGGGCAGAUUUUAUUUGAACGUUGGUGCAUCGGCUUGUACAAUGUGAUUUUCACCGCACUACCACCCUUCACUCUGGGAAUCUUCGAGAGGUCUUGCACCCAGGAGAGCAUGCUCAGGUUCCCACAGCUCUACAAAAUCACCCAGAAUGCAGAAGGCUUCAAUACAAAGGUUUUCUGGGGUCACUGCAUCAACGCCUUGGUCCACUCCCUCAUCCUCUUCUGGUUUCCCAUGAAAGCGCUGGAGCAUGAUACUCCGUUGGCCAGUGGCCAUGCCACAGACUAUUUAUUUGUUGGAAAUAUUGUUUAUACGUAUGUUGUUGUCACUGUGUGUCUGAAAGCUGGUUUGGAGACCACAGCUUGGACUAAAUUCAGUCAUCUGGCUGUCUGGGGAAGCAUGCUGAUCUGGCUGGUGUUUUUUGGCGUCUACUCAACCAUCUGGCCCACCAUUCCCAUUGCUCCAGAUAUGAAAGGACAGGCAACUAUGGUCCUGAGCUCCGCACACUUCUGGUUGGGAUUAUUUCUGGUGCCCACAGCAUGUUUGAUCGAAGAUGUAGCAUGGAGAGCGGCCAAGCAUACCUGCAAAAAAACGCUACUGGAGGAGGUACAAGAGCUGGAGACGAAGUCCAGAGUGAUGGGGAAGGCGAUGCUUCGGGACAGUAAUGGAAAGAGGAUGAAUGAACGUGACCGCCUCCUGAAGAGGCUAAGCAGGAAGACGCCCCCCACUCUCUUCCGGGGAGGCUCCAUCCAGCAGUGUGUUCCCCAUGGGUAUGCCUUCUCUCAAGAAGAGCAUGGAGCCGUUACUCAGGAAGAGAUAGUCCGUGCUUAUGACACCACCAAAAGGAAAUCGAGGAAGAAAUGAGACGUGAAUUGUCCUGAUGGGUCCCAGGAAAGAGAUGCAGUUUGUUGCACCCAGUGUUAACACAUCUCUGUCGGAAGAGACUGGUGUCAGCAGCCAAAACACCACGAAACACAUUUCUGUGGCCUUAGCCAACCAGUUUGUUAGAUGCCCCUUCCCUGGCAAAGCUGGAGUAGACUCCGCAGGGGAAGCCAUUCCGAUCCCUUCCAGUUCGUCGGCAGUGCUUGGCCUAACUUCUGUGUAUGUUAUCAUGAAGCAAUCGGCUCUGCUCUGUGAGGUGUGAAAUUAAAAGCGUUACGUUUCACCAAUAUUUAAACGUCAGUACUAGUUGGUCUGGGAGAAAGGUAAGAGAGUUUUCUGUUGCGUGAGAAGCCCGUCUUGCGGACUCGGAGCAGGGGCACGCUCGCUUCCUGCGUUGUCGACUCACCGCUGGAGUCCGCCAGGCAGCACAUGGGCUUCACGGCAGGCAGCUUGAUGUCUCACUUUGAUUCCUGUUUUGUUUGUCUGAAGUUGGCAUAAGUCUCUUGAUUGCGGUGAAAUCACAGCCAUGUCUGUCAUCGGGGUGAGAGCGCUUAUUCGAACCCCGUGGCCCCAUCCCCAGCGCGCGGGUGCCUCCGGGGCUGUCCGGGCUUCCCUCAUCGCAGACCUUGCGCAUGGCAGACGCUGUGCUCCGUGCAUGGCAGCCGGUGGGCAACCAGCCCAGAUGUGCUCCACGUCUUGUCCUAGCACAGAUUCACAUGUGGAUGCGAGCAAUCGCUUCUGCCACCGCCCUUUCCCCUCCACUAACUAAAGAGAAGAAGCAUGGCUAUCCCGCCUAGACCCAAGUGUUUACCUGCCUCUUUCCGAGGACAGGGAAGCCUGCAGGGCAGUGCACUCCUGCUCUGAUCAGGCCCUCAGUACGCAUUUCCCGACCUCCAGCCCACUGGACCUUGGGCAUCGCUUAAGUCAGACCACACUUGUUUUCUCGGGAAUUCAGAGCCCAUUUUGGAUCUUCACUGUGGGGAAACCAGUGAAUUAGUUUAGUGUGUCUCCCCAGCGAAGGGACACGUCUGUCCCUCUGUGACUCUAAAGUCAGAGAGGAGGAGGAGUGAACCCAGUGGGAGAGUAGGGGCCCUUGAGGCUGGUGGAGGAAGAUGACCGUCAAAGGGGAAGGCAAGAGGCAAGGAACACGGAGACCGCGGGAGGAGGACACAGAGGACGCCUUAGCCACAUCUCCUCGGUAGAAACUGAAAUGAAGCCCAGGCAGUUGUGAUCAUUCGUGCAGGAGGCUAGGCAAGACAUUGACAUGCAGUUUUAAUUGGAAAGAAUUCCAAACGUUUCUAUAUGGAUGAGGUGUCCUUCCUUAUCGUCAGUGGUAGAUACGGGUACCUCUGAAAAUAAAGUGUCCCGAGUCUAAGACAGGAGGAGAAGUGCUGCGUCACUGACUUUCCAAACUGUGGAGUCCCACCUUCUAAAUUUGGAUAGAACUUGUGUGCCCUCAGGCAUGAAUGUGAGCACCUGGAGCCCUUAAUAAAUGGCCAGCCUGGAGGCACAUUCUCUCCUCUCCGCUUUGGUUGCCAAACCAGAUUUUUGGAUGGCUUAACAUAAAUACUUCUGGGCAGCUGUUACUACUUAAAAUGGCACAGUUCUUCUGGGGAUGGCUGUGCUAAAUUGGGAAAUAAAACAAUAGUGCACUUUGCUUCCUCAUCCUUCAUUUUUUGGAGCAUCCACAUCUUAUUUGGCAUUGUAAUGACUUAAAGUAUGAUUUGCAUUGACUGAGAAAACUAAUCCUUUACUUAUAAAGUGACCACGAUCCAGGGAGGGCUUACAGGGAAGCAGAACAAUGAAUUGAACAGGUGAGGCUUAGAAAAUUGCCAUUCCUUCCUGCCCGAGGUGGUAAGCCAUUUUUAAAUACUAGAGCACUCAGCAAAAUGAAUCGCUGAGACUGUCAUGCAGGAAUUACAACCCCCUCCCCUAAAAAAAUGUGCCUGGAAUUACAAUACACAGAGGUUUAGGUCUUUAUUGGACACCCAGAGAGAUGAUGUCCUAAAUACAGAGGAGAAACAAAAAUUUGAAUCAACUGUGUGGUAGGCAUCCCGACUAAAUGGUUUCAUUUGGAACUAAGCCUUCUGGCAAGGGGAACUAAAACUCAUUCUUUGUCUGACACUUAGCUCUUUCUUAAAUUUAAAACCUUCUGAUUUAGAUUUUCAGAUUACAGCAUGUAUAUGUUUUGUUUUGGGCUUUUUGUUUUUUAUUUUGUUUUUUUUUAUGUUAAAUGUGUUUUUUAUGUUAAAUGCAGUCACAUUUUCUGAGACUGAAGUCUAUAUUCCAAUUCUUUUGAGAACCAGACUAAACAGUGUUUGCAAUACUGAAAUAUGUACACAGAAGGAAGCACUAGAUGGGAUACCUUUCUAUUAAUUCUCGUAUAUGAUUAAGCUAUCUGGUAAAUGACUAAAUUGGGCUUCAAGGAGGAGCAGCUGUCAAUCUGUGCGAUGUAUGACAGUUAGCUGUGACCAAUUCGGGGGCCGUGUCAUUUGUCCUGUCUUCAAAUUGAGGUCAGAGUGUCACACAAGCCCCUCCCCAGGGAGCAGGGUGGACUGGAGUAAGUUGCGUACUCUAGCUGUCAGCUCAGUGGAAACGCCACAUGGGACUUGUCACUCUGCCACAUGGUAAGUGACAUGCAGGCUGGCAGGUCAUACUUGGUCAGCACUCUAGAGCCGGCCUCUGGGUCGGGCUAAAACAGCAGGAUCCACAGAGGCCCAGCCUCGGCCUGGUGUCAUACGCAGAUUGCCGAUUCUUGAAUGUGUGCUCCGUUCUGGCUGAGUCUGCAGAAGGAAGAGAGCAGCCAUCGCAUGCGCGUCUCUCUGAGUUCCCCUACGUCCUGGCACCCCAGCAAGGGUGGCCGUGAAAAGUGCACGUUAAAAAGGCAGGGUAGGGAAACAGAAUGGACCAACCAUUUCUGCCUGGUUGCCCAGAUUAGCACUUCAUUGCUAACCAGAAUGGGCGUGAUCAUAAUUUGGGGGUGCGGCUGAUGUGUCCACCUUUUGUCUCUGCAGAAUGUUCAGGACUUCUCGACCAGUGUUAUGUUCACCCAUCUCCCAGCACACAUGUGAUCAUCUAGGGAGGGGAUCGGUAGAGCAUACAAAACCCGUGCUUUGGAGAAGGGAGAUGCUGUUACUUUAAUAUUCGUGGAGUAAUAUCCUAAAAUAUGAACCUGAGUUUUGGUAGAGCAUGGCUGGGAACUCUGUUGAUGUUUUCUUUUCCUUGACAAGGCUGCAGGUCUUGCUGUAGGGAGCUGGCAGUGAAAAUCAGUGAUAACUUGUCAAGAAGCAGUGAAAUGCAAAAAAAAAAAAAAAAAAAGUGAGUAUGAGUAACUAAUGUCUGAAAAUGCAUAUAGACAUAUAUAUUAUAGGCUUAACAAUUGAAUUUUUAAAAGAAAGCUAGAGUCUGUAAUCUCCAUUUGUUAUAACAAUGACCCUUUAUCUCAUUUUUUAAAGAGAAUUUUCUAUCCUGUUUCCGUUUCUAGAGGUUUAUGUUUUAGACCAUAAGUUGAAUAGGAUGUUUGCAAAACUCUGCUAGAGGGUAAGGUAGUCUUUCGUCUUGAACAUGUGAAGGAAGUGCACACAUUCCAGCUGGCGUUUGGCUUACUACCAAGAGUCAUUGUCCCAAGGUAAUUCAAGGAGUGAUUCAGCCUCAGCAUUUGAAAUGUAGACUUCAUCUCCUGGGGUCCAUAAAAAAUGGGAACAGGGAAACUGUGGUUAAGUAGAGCCUGAAAUAAUAACCUGGCAAACAAAGGAGUUUAUUAGGUCAAAGUAAAGGAUGGCAUCCCCUAUCACAUUCGUUGAAUGCUUUCUCCAUACCAAAUCUUGUAGUAGCAAAUUUAGUAGUGAUGGGGAUAGUGAAAGAAAGCGCUCCCUCCUCAAAGGGAAAGCAUACAUCAGUUGGCUUUGUUGCUGGUUCUCCAUUGGCCCAAGACAGUUUGCUGGUCUCAGUAUAGCCUUGGGGGAGAUUAUUUAGCCUCAUCCUGGCCACUUUCCCAUCCUCAGAGGCAACGAGGAUGGUGACAAAGGUUUCUAGUGGGUUGUAGAGGUGAGAGUUUGAGGUCCCCAGAAUAUAUUAAUAAGUAUCCCCAAAAGGAAUAGACAUGGAAUACUCUACCUUAAUGUGUCAUACUCUCUGUUUAUUUUUGUCUCGGCAUCCCACAUUGUCCCACAGUACACAUUUCCUUUGACAUUACAAGAGCUGCAUUGACUGCCAAGCCUCCACUAGCAGUCUGUUGAAAGCUCUCUCUUAGCUUGUUGGGUCUGAGUGUGGCAAACCGGCAUGCCCUCUUCAACGGGAAGAAAAGGCUAUAUGGAGCCAACACAGGGUUGAGAAGCUGUGAAACAAAAGGGGGCAGAAAAGAAGGGCGAGCUCACCCUGUUACCCCACCCCAAGCAUAAUCCAGAGCUGUUAACUCUGACAAACACCUCUGCUCCCCUGACUGAGGGGAGACAAAAGAGUGAUUCUUUUACACCCAGGCUGGCUCGUUUUCAAUGACAAUCUCUUGCCCUAGUUGCCUUAGAGACAUCCACUCUGCUCUUUCUCUCAGGCUCCAGACCAAGAAAAACAUGCUCACAAGAUUAGCCCAUCGGCAUUUCUUCUGACCUGGCUAAAGAAAGAAAGGAGACCUGUUCCUUUUAAAAGUCAGGAACAAAGUGUCAGGUGGCUUUGAUUUAUGACAGAAAUAGGAAGAAGAAAGUUGAGGUAAUAGCGCUAUCCAAAUAACCCUGCCCAGGAACCCAAGGGGUCGAGAGGGCUUAUCAAGAGCCUUUUGUAGGCAAGCUCUUCCGUAUGGCAGAGAAGGGGCCAGAAGGAGGGGGACAGCCUGGAGAUGAGGCUGUGAACUCACUUCCAAUGGCACUGGACCCAGUCAUCCCUAAGGACAGCCAUGCACCUGCGGGUGGAUCAGUAAACACCAAUUAAAACAUGGAAAAAAGAAAAUCUGCCCUGUCAUAGGGUUUCUCUGCUUCCCACAAGAUCCCUGCACAAGUAGAUGCUUUUCGGGUUUUUCAUUAAUGAAAUCAGUGUGUGUGCUGACACGUGCAUUCCUCCGCCGUCCUUCUCCCGCGUUGCCAGUGACUGCUGAGUUCGGAAGUGUGCCUGCUGCUUCCCAGGAGCCUCCCACUGAAGGGCCCCGCUACCAGCUGCAGCCCGGCCAGCUGCAGGGGUGGGGCGCGCAGGGCUCUGCCAGGAGCAGCCAGGUCUGCAGCCCAGGUCUGCAGCCGGGUGCCUCAUCCUUCCUGCAGGUCACUGAAUUGCUGUUUGAAUGCAGCAUCUUUGUGGUGUCUUUCCCAUGCAAGCAAAGCCAUGUGCCCUCCUGUCUGCUGUCACAUCUGUGCUCAGAUUGCUUAAAUAUUGUUUGCGACAGGGAGGUUUUAAUCUGGUUAUGCAGAGGGAAGCGGGGCUGUGGGGGCACGUUUAAUUGGCUCCCAGCAGAGUAGUGAGCGCGUCUAUGGAGUGUGGGGUUUUUUUGUUCCCUCUCUCUCGAAGUGUUACCAUUUUCACGUCCUAUUAAUGUCCUCUGGUUGUUAAAUUACGGCAGCACAUUAUAGCGGAGCUGGGUUCCCUCCUGGAGUGAAUACAAAUGAAGGGCAUUUACUUGUAUUUUUAGAGGUUUUGGAAAAAUGUAGUGAUUUGUGGCUUUGAUCAAUCCUGUUGAC